AUGCCUUCUACCGGCUAUGAGCUCGGCAAUAUGGCCUCGGCUACUGCCAAAGGCAUGCGUAUUGCGGAAGAGCCCUCCAGCCCUCAUAGCGAGGUUAUGUCCAGGAGCGACCAUGCCGACAGCGAGCAGCUUGCGCGUCUGGGCAAAAAGUCUGUUCUCAAGCGAAACUUUGGUUUCAUGUCCAUCCUCGGUUUCUCUUGCACCAUCCUCAUCACCUGGGAGGCAACCCUCCUUCUCUCAGCGCAAGGUCUCGCCAACGGCGGCUAUGCAGGCAUCAUCUACGGGUACAUUGUUGUCUGGCUCGGCAACAUCAGCGUCUUCACAACGCUCUCCGAAUUGGCGUCCAUGGCCCCGACCUCGGGUGGGCAAUACCACUGGGUUGCCAUGCUGGCGCCGCGCCGCUGCUCAAAGUUCCUUAGCUACAUUACUGGAUGGCUAACAGUGGGAGGCUGGCAGGGUUCCGUCGCAUCAUCUGCUUUUUUGACCGGCGGCAUGAUUCAGAGCAUGAUUGUCAUGAACAACCCGGACACGUAUAUCCCGCAGCCAUACCAAGGCACGCUGUUUUUCUGGGCCAUUAUGCUGUUCGCCGUGUUUAUCAACGCCAUCGUCAGUUCCUCUCUGCCCAAGUUUGAGGGUUUGAUCCUUAUCCUGCACGUUCUUGGCUUCUUUGCAAUUUUGAUCCCAAUGGUCUCUUUGGGGUAUCACGGUAACGCACACCAAGUCUUCACUGAGUUCCGAAAUGAAGGCGCUUGGCCGACUCAAGGUCUGUCCUUCAUGGUGGGUCUAAUUGGCAAUGUUUUUGCCUUUGUCGGUGUUGAUGCCGCGUUCCACAUGUCGGAGGAGACGACCGAUUCUGCUGUUACUGUUCCGAAGUCCAUCCUACUGAGCAUGCUUAUCAACGGCACUACUGGUUUCGCCAUGACCAUUGCAGUCCUAUUCUGUAUUAAGGAUGUGGAUGCAGUAGUCCACUCGACAAUUGGCUUUCCUCACAUGCAGCUCUUCUUGGACUCGACAGGCUCAGUUGCGGGCGCGACCGUCAUGGCUGCCAUCAUCACAACCCUCGCGGCCUGCGCUACUGUUGGCAUGCUCGCCUCGACGUCCCGUGUCUUCUGGUCUUUUGCGCGUGAUCGGGGUCUGCCUUUCUGGCGCAUCCUGUCUCAGGUCGAUGCUCGCACUACGGUACCCCUGUGGGCCAUCACUUCCACGACUUGCAUUGCUUGCCUUCUGGCUAUUAUUAAUUUAGGUUCACCCACUGCCCUGAACGCCGUCAUAUCGCUCUCCGUUUCUUGCCUCUACCUGUCAUACUUCAUCUGUGCUGGUUUGCUAUUGUACCGUCGCACAACCCGGGGCUUCCAAAUGCCUGAUGCGUCGGGACUGCCUGCUCUUGCGAACACUUCGGGCGCCGAGCUUGUCUGGGGUCCAUGGCAUCUACCAGGUGCGCUUGGCGUCGUCAACAACGCUAUCAGCUGCGUUUACCUCAUUGUCAUCUUUUUCUUUAGCUUCUGGCCCAGUAUGAUAAAUCCUGACGCAGCUUCUAUGAACUGGGCCUCUGCCGUUACCGGAUUCAUCCUCGUUUUCAGCAUUCUUUACUAUGUGAUCUGGGCUAGGAAGGAAUACGAGGGUCCGAUUGUCGAAAUUUGA